AUUUUUUUCUUUUUUAGGUUUUUACAAAUCAUUUUGAAAUUCACUCUUCGCCUUCCCCAAAAUUUCAAAACCCGCCUCUUCACUUUUCGCCUUCCUCUACUUAUUUAGCCUAAAUCUCUCAUAAAUCUGGAAAACAACAUUUUCUCUCUAAAUCUCUCUCUCACUCGUUUCAACAAUGGCGAUUGAAACUCAGCUUCCUUGCGACGGUGACGGUGUGUGUAUGCGGUGUCAGGUGAAUCCUCCGUCAGAAGAGACUCUCACUUGUGGCACGUGCGUCACUCCAUGGCACGUGCCGUGUCUCCUCCCCGAAUCACUCGCUUCUUCCACUGGAGAGUGGGAGUGUCCCGAUUGCUCCGGCGUUGUCGUUCCCUCCGCCGCUCCGGGUACCGGAAACGCUCGACCUGAAUCUUCCGGUUCAGUUCUCGUUGCUGCGAUCCGUGCGAUUCAGGCUGAUGAGACUUUAACCGAAGCUGAGAAAGCCAAAAAAAGGCAGAAACUGAUGAGUGGGGGUGGUGACGAUGGUGUCGAUGAAGAAGAGAAGAAGAAGUUAGAAAUCUUUUGUUCUAUUUGCAUUCAAUUGCCAGAAAGACCUAUCACGACACCGUGUGGGCACAAUUUCUGUUUGAAAUGUUUCGAGAAAUGGGCAGUAGGUCAAGGGAAGCUAACUUGUAUGAUAUGCCGAAGCAAAAUUCCGAGACAUGUGGCAAAAAAUCCUCGCAUCAACUUAGCUCUAGUUUCUGCUAUUCGUUUAGCAAAUGUUACCAAAUGUUCUGUUGAGGCAACUGCAGCCAAGGUUCAUCAUAUUAUCCGCAACCAAGACCGUCCUGAGAAAGCAUUUACUACCGAGCGGGCAGUAAAAACUGGGAAAGCUAAUGCUGCUAGCGGUAAGUUUUUUGUGACAAUACCUCGUGAUCAUUUUGGUCCCAUACCAGCUGAGAAUGAUGUCACUAGAAAGCAAGGUGUUUUGGUUGGAGAAUCUUGGGAGGACAGGCAAGAGUGUAGGCAGUGGGGAGCUCAUUUCCCGCAUAUUGCUGGCAUUGCCGGGCAAUCAGCGGUUGGAGCUCAGUCUGUGGCCCUCUCUGGAGGUUAUGACGAUGAUGAGGAUCAUGGUGAAUGGUUUCUCUACACAGGAAGUGGUGGAAGGGAUCUCAGUGGAAACAAAAGAAUUAACAAGAAACAGUCGUCUGACCAGGCGUUUAAAAACAUGAAUGAAUCUCUAAGACUUAGUUGCAAAAUGGGCUAUCCUGUCCGAGUUGUCAGGUCUUGGAAGGAGAAGCGUUCUGCAUAUGCCCCUGCUGAAGGUGUGAGAUAUGAUGGGGUCUAUCGAAUUGAGAAGUGCUGGAGUAAUGUUGGAGUACAGGGUUCUUUUAAGGUCUGUCGUUACCUGUUUGUUAGAUGUGACAAUGAGCCAGCUCCAUGGACCAGUGAUGAGCAUGGCGAUCGUCCAAGACCGUUGCCUAAUGUUCCGGAGCUUGAGACUGCUGCUGACCUGUUUGUGAGAAAGGAGAGUCCAUCAUGGGAUUUCGAUGAAGCUGAGGGUCGUUGGAAAUGGAUGAAGUCUCCUCCUGUUAGCAGAAUGGCUUUGGAUCCUGAGGAGAGGAAGAAGAAUAAGAGAGCAAAAAAUACUAUGAAGGCCAGACUUCUGAAAGAAUUUAGUUGCCAAAUCUGUCGGGAAGUGCUGAGUCUUCCAGUGACGACGCCUUGUGCACACAACUUCUGCAAAGCAUGCUUAGAAGCGAAGUUUGCUGGGAUAACUCAACUGAGAGAGAGAAGCAAUGGCGGACGUAAACUACGUGCAAAGAAGAACAUCAUGACCUGCCCUUGCUGCACGACGGAUCUCUCCGAGUUUCUCCAAAACCCGCAGGUGAACAGAGAGAUGAUGGAGAUAAUAGAGAAUUUUAAGAAGAGUGAGGAAGAGGCUGAUGCAUCCAUUUCUGAAGAAGAAGAAGAAGAAUCCGAACCUCCAACUAAGAAGAUUAAGAUGGAUAACAACUCUGUUGGUGGUAGUGGUACAAGUCUCUCAGCUUAAGGAGCUCUUUAGUUUUUCGAAACAAACUUCCUUUCUUUUUUUGGUAAUAUUCCGCAAACGUCUGUGAAGUUUGCAUUGCGACUUAUCAUUUUUAUUUUAAAACUUAUCAGAAAUUGUUCGAAUCUUUUUUUUCCGUUACAUAUAAAUUCAACAUUAGUAUAUUACUUUAAAUUUUCGUGGUCAGUGAGUUACCACAACAAAUUCUCUAUAAACUAAUAUAUCGAUAAAUU